GGAAACACAAGAGGGAUGGAGAUAUUGACUCACCACCUACCUGCUACUUGUUUAAUGUAUAGUGAGGCUCCUGUUACUGUGAAGAUCACGUACAAUACAGAUCACUGUGUUUGCCAGUAAAGGAGAAACAUUAUAAGAAUAUCUGACAAAUUCAGUUACUGAAAAAGACAAUGUCUGACAAGUCCGAGACCCAAACCUCAGACCUUCCUGAUGCACACAGAGACUGUACUGACGUGAAACCUUCAGAUAGCUCAGCAGUUGUACAUGGAGAAGAACCGUACGUGUGUGAUAAGGUGAAGACUGAGGAGGAUGAAGUUCCUAUAAAUACGGCUACAGGCCAUAGUGAUGUGACGCCUACAGAUGGCUCAGCGGUUGAGCACAGAGGAGAACCGUAUGUGUGUGAUCAGGUGAAGACUGAGGAGGAUGAAGUUCCUAUGAAUACGGCUACAGAUGAAGAUAACGCUGAUAUAGUGAAAGUUGAGAUAACAGAAGAUCUGUGUGUGAGGCAUCAGCUGGAAGCUCCAGAUGAUGAUAUCAGUGGCCGUAUCACCUCAGGGCAUAUGGAUGUCGCAUCUUCAGAUGGCUUAGCAGUUGAGUACAGAGGAGAACCGUAUGUGUGUGAUCAGAUGAAGACUGAGGGGGAGGAAGUUCUUAUAAAUACAGCUACAGGUAUAUUUACAAACUGUAGUAAUCCUAUUCAUGACCAGAGUGCGGAUACUUCUUUUAAUCUUCUUCAAAAUCAGAGAAGCCACAUGGGAUACUUAUGUUCUGAAUCUGGAAAAUGUUUUACCUUGAAAUCAACUGUUAGUAAUCAUGUGAAAAUUCAUAGAGAAAAGAAAGUAUUUUCAUGUUCUCACUGUGGGAAAUGUUUUACUCUGAAAUCACGUUUUAUAACGCAUCAGAAAAUUCAUACAACAGAGAAAGCAUUUUCAUGUUCUGACUGUGGAAAAUGUUUUACUGUGGAAUCAAAUCUCAUAAAACAUCAGAAAAUUCAUACAGGAGAGAAAGUAUUUUCAUGUUCUGAAUGUGGCAAAUGUUUUACUCUAAAAUCAUAUCUCAUUAAGCAUCUGAUUAUUCAUACAGGGGAGAAAGCAUUUUCAUGUUCUGAUUGUGAGAAAUGUUUUACUGAAAAAUCAAAUCUUAUUAGGCAUCAGAAAAUUCAUACAGGGGAGAAAGCAUUUUCAUGUUCUGACUGUGGGAAAUUUUUUACUCAGAAAUCAGAUCGUAUUAAGCAUCAGAAAGUUCAUACAGGAGAGAAAGCAUUUUCAUGUUCUGAUUGUGGGAAAUGUUUUACUCAGAAAUCACAUCUUAAUAGACAUCUUAAAGUUCAUACAGGGGAGAAAGCAUUUUCAUGUUCUCACUGUGGGAAAUGUUUUACUCUGAACUCACAUCUUAUGAGACAUCAGAUAAUUCAUACAGGAGAGAAAGAAUUUUCAUGUUCUGACUGUGGGAAAUGUUUUACUCGGAAAGGACAUCUUAUUAGGCAUCAGAAAGUUCAUACAGGAGAGAAAGAAUUUUCAUGUUCUGACUGUGGGAAAUGUUAUACUCGGAAAUCACAUCUUAUUGCUCAUCUGAAAUCUCAUAUUAAAGGAAAUAUGUAAAAUCAGCGCUGAAGAGGAUGACACAUAGUUGUCAUCUGCACAAUGCCUAUAAUACUUAUUAUGACUAUAUGUCAUCCUCUGUGGUACCCACUAUUGGGGCAGUUUGAGGCCCUUCUGUACCUCAAGGAGUUAUAAGAUGGCCCUGGGGAUUAGGUUUCCAUAGCCAUGUGAUUACAUGGCACACGAAAAUUGUGUGUUUAUUUCAGUAGAGGUUCAUAUAAGGGGGCCCUUAUAUGCAGAUCAAAAAUAGAUUAAAAAAAAUAUCCAAAAGCCCUUAUUUAUAUGUUGAUAAAUCCAUCUUUGAAAUGUAGGUACUGUUUGAGGACAUUAUAGUAAGCUGAUCACUGAGGUGACAGUGUUUCCGUAGGUGGAAUUUAAAGUGACCAAAUGUAUACGUUAACAUCAGCUAAAUAAAAUGCAUUGUGUUGAAAUAUAACAAAAAAAAAAUAAAAAAAAUUCUUUUGAUUUUCCAAUUCUAAUUUUUAUUCGCAAAUUCCGAAUUUAUUCCCCAUUUCUUCUUGUUUUACAAUGGUUACCUAUAAUACAGUUAUAGAUCCACAAACGUUUUGACUAUAGAAUUGAGGAAUAAAACUCACAUUGUAUUGUUUACAACUGUGUUUAUUAAUAUUGUAAUAAAAUCCUUUUGUUGUA